AUGUACCCCCGACACGAUGAUGUGAGUUUGUUUCAACGUUUUGUUAAUGAUCACAAAUUGGAGGAGAAGGGCCUUCCUCUCUAUCAACUAGCGCAGCUCGAGGGAACGGAUCAGGUCAUGUUGGGAGUGGAUGGUACAAAGAUUAUUGACAUGAUUACGCAGGCGGUGCGGGAAAGAGAAAAGAUGGCUAUUUACACCUACACCACACCUUACACGGUGUACGAAAAAAUAAAUGAGUUUCGGACAAUGUUUCAGUCUAUCAAAAAUUGUACCCCAGUUUUUGUUUUUAACGGUAUCCAGUAUUCUCCAGAUUCUGCUGAGGAAUUUGGAAGAGAGAAGAACGUGGUACCAAGCGAAGUAGCCGCUCUCACCGGGACGGACAGCUCGAGGUUGAGUAACACGACGAAUGUUCGCUUUGCGGAGAUUCACAAAAAAACCGCUAACCGAUUUGUUGUGGAGGAGGAUGUUGAAGGACAAAUUAUCAGAAUUUUUCGAUCAGAAUUCAAGAAUACCAUUCGUGCUCCUUACUUAGCCUGGGCUCAACUCUCCUCCUUCCGCCACUGUAACCACCGGCACAUAUCUGAAGUGUAUGGUUGUUUGGAGCUACUUGCCUUCCCUGGCAUUGAUCGUGUUGUGACAAAUAUCAACCCAACAAGGGGAACUUUCGAUGUGGUGUAUAAGGCACGGGUUCUAGAGGCAGCUCGUUUGAGUGAAGAAGAUCUGAGCAGCCUAAUUUUGGUCGAGAGUCGGAGUCGUGUGAUGAGGACUGUCACCCUUAAGUUUUCAUCACUUGAGGAUAUGAUAAAGAAGGUUGUUCGGUAUAAGGGCUCCACUAUUGGGGCUUCAUUUGCACAACAACUUCACGAGGAGGCGAUACGAGCCAGCGAGGCAAAUCGCAUGCGUGCGUCCAACCAAAGGGGCGCCGCAUUUCGCAAUCUCUCUGCGUUCGCAAGCCCGGUGCUAACCUUGACUCCACCCCACUGCCUUCCUCUACAUUUUCUCUACGGGAUUCCGGGGUUUCCUCAUGCCGACGCGGAGUCCUUCGUGGGGCUUCCGCUUCCGCCCGUGUUGUAUUACAUCAUGUCAGCAGGGUUGCUGUCUCCGAGCCUCUUUGCUGCAGUCUCGCAGGAAACUGUGGUGGAUGACUGGCCGCUUGUAGACUCCAUCAAGUACAGAGACGUAGCUGAAACUGUAUUGCCUCUGCGGGUGCAAACGAUUUACCAGCUCGCCUGGACGAUGAGCCGGGGCCUCGGUUCUAUCUCAUGGUUUCGUCGCUACAACGUUCUCCCGGCACGCGUGAGCAAAUUGCACGUGCCCCCAGCGAUCCAACUUGAUGGUUGGGCACUCCAUAGCGUCACCGUACCCCGUGGCCUUCACCUCGUUGACGUGAUGGAGUUCGCGCAUCUCGCUUGCUCAGUUGAUCAGGUGAUUUACAAUACAAUGGAGGAAACUUACGCCGCAAUUCUGCUGCAGUCCCUUGACUUACUUGGUUACCUAACGCACGAAACGCAGGACUUGCACGAGGAGGGCCAGUCAAGUGAGCCGUCAACAUUCGGCCGAGCGCUGCAACUGUGCAGUGUGCCCACGCUGAGUGAGUACACCGUUCUGCUUAUUGAAUUGGCCCGCACGAAUGCCAUCUCCACCGAGCCAUUCCGAAUUACUACGGAAGAAGUUAGUCCGCGCGAUACCCCUCGUGAUAUUGUUUUCGCCAGCCGUGUUUUGUCCAUUAUUCCUUUGAAUGUAUCGGGACCUUGGACGGCACCCAUCGACGCAGAAUUAGCAGCCUUCAGUAUGCUGUCGCGCAUGAUUUCUCGCUCGAUACGCCAGCUCCUUGAGGCGAUUACUACGUUGAUGUUCUCAAAAGGGAGGACACACGUACCUUUGCACAGGAUAGGCGAGAUCCAGCGGCUUCUUCCCUUCUCCACGCCUGUUGAGUUUGGUUGCGGUGUGCUUGUUGAAUACAUGCUCAUGAAGGAUAAAUGUACCCUAAAGGAUCUUGAGGAGGCAUUUCCUGAAUGCACUUACCUCCGCCACGACCUCGCAACUCUUUUCUACUUCUGGGAUCUGGCAGUGCAAGUGCUUCAGCGCAUUGAAACGAAGGAAAACUUUUGCGUUGACCAGCAUUGUCUUUCAAGCGCUAAUGAGCGAAUGAAGAGAGCCCAGAAGAAUCUUAACAUCCUCACGGGAGUGCGAGAAACAUAUUAUUGA